UCGUCGACUCUCAAGUCAAAACGUUCCGAGGACUUUCGCGUGUGUGCUCCGCCUCGCGUGUUAGGUAUGGUUGCCAUAAUUCGCCUAUGUUCGAAUCGAGUAUUACUCGCAUAUUCCGAAAUCGUUUGAGUGUAUCUCCUUAAAUCCUCGAUUCGACACACCUUCUCUUACGAUUCUUUCGCAAAUUUCUGCGAUACACAAACUUCGAAUAAUUUUCCAAUGGAACUUUCAGUCGGCUGAUGUCAAAAUAUACUAUUUAGCAAAUUUUAGAACGAAUUGGAGCAUAAGCGAGUUUGUAAUUUGAAAAGCGGAACGAAAGCUUUCGCGCUGCGGUUUUCUUUGUAUGAAUCGAAAACAUAUUCUUCGUGCUCGGUGUAGCGUGAAGCGAUUUUUUCAUGGUUCACCUAGAAGUAAUCGUUUACAGUGUUUCGUUUUCAAGCGCGAACAUGUGCUCCCGUAACGGAGUGCGAAACGUGUAAUCAGUCUGCGAAGCUUAGAGGACUACAGCACAAAUAGAGACACGCAGCGAGAGGAAAAUAUUUGUUUCUCGGCACGCGCGAGAUGACGAAGCAAACCGCGUGAGCAAGAUUGCAGAAUACACGGAGAAGGAAAGCAAGAAUCCGAACAAAGACACAGUAAAUGGUAAGAUGGAGAACUGCGGAGGCGGCCAGCGCCUGCCCCCGGACGGGGACGAAUUUCCAGCGGCGUACCAAGAAUUCAGCAACAGUAGCAACCAGCCACCGUACAGAUAUAUCGCCACGGCAAGGACAGCGACGAUAGCCACGAAUGGCGGAGGACAAUUGUGCAACGAAAACGAGUCGUUCCGUGCUGGCGAGACUCUUAAAAUGCUCGCGAACGACAGCAACGUUGUCGGUUCGAGGAGCAUUAUUCUACCCGAUAGUAAGAUGACGUUCGCAGGCACUGAAAACGUGAGGCAGGAUAUAAACAAAGUCGCUUUGGCGAAUAUGGAGAACGUCCGGUCCGAGAUGGGCAAGGCUACGUCGACUAAUGCGGAUAGUAUAUGUCAAGACGUGAAGUCCACCGAGAUUACUGUCGAAGAAAAAAAAUCAUCUUAUCACACUUCGGAAGAUAUCGCGAAGAAAAACGCUUCCAUCAUCGCGGGAAGUUCUCCUUAUUCUUGUCAGACGGCUAACAGUAAUUUAAUGAUGGGCGAGAAGAAGAUGGAGAUCGCCGGAUAUUAUCACAAGGCCGUGACGACGAUCGAAGAAGUGCCAAGCCACGUGGAAAAGGACGCGCCUGUUGAUAUCCCGCCGCCUCUACCAUUGACAGGUCCGCCGAAAAUAGAGCAAACGGUGCUGCAUGCAAGAAACGCGGCCCCUACGAUAGACUCGCCGCAAAGAAAGUUUUCCUUGAACGGCGAUCUCUGGAGGCAAGACGACAAGUCCGAGCGAUCUGUUCGUGACAAAAUCGCCAUGUUUUCGUCGCAAAGCAACCUUGACGCGCCUCUAUUUCCCAAUGCCAUGACAGCGGCGGCAGCCACGAAUAACAGCAAACGCCUCUCCAAGUACAAGUCCUCCGAGGAUGUUUGCUGCGAUGACAAGAGCAACGGACAGAAGGAUCGACCGUCUUUCUUCGCCGACAGGACGCAGAGUUCUUUCGAUCUCACCGAUUCAGCCAAGACUAUGACUGGGCAUGACUCCGCGAAGAAAUACAACCAGAGAACGCCUAGUUUGCCUCAGACCGCUCAACCUGCUCUGUUGAGUCCAACUACGCAAUCUACGCGGGUUCCAAAGACGCUGCCAAUCGUUCCGUCGAAAACUAUAUCACUGUCCAGUCCAUUGUCAACUUCGUACGACAAGCAGAAUUUCUUAAAUACGGCGGCGAAAAAUUAUUGCGCGAACAUCGCCGAAAGCAGCAGUUUGCAGAACGACGUGUAUUCGAAUAUCGGCAAAACUGUGAGCUCUUGUGGCAAUUCUAGCAACUCGAUCAAAGCAACGAGCACGCCUUCGUUAACGCGAGCUACCAGUUUUUCGGGCCCGACACCCUUCGCGCAAGAUCGGGAUUCUUUGACAGCCGAUUCCCCCAGUAACUCGCAAAUCUCAAGAACGAAUUCCUUAGCGUCCACGUUUAGACGACCCGGAGAAGAUGUGAGGAGAAACAGCUUGAAUCAGCUUAUCGAGCAGAGACGAAGAUCUAUAUCAAAGUUACGUGGUCUGAUUAUACCGGAAAAAGAUACCGUAUCGAUCGAUCAACCAAUCGUUGAUUUACCAGAAAUCAAAUCGCGAGAUUCAAUAUUGCAUCAGAUACCAAAGGUAAAUAUUCAAGACAAAUGGGGGUCUCAAAGUUCCUUAGCCAGCAACGCCAGCACGGCGAGCCAGCCCUUGAAAGCGACAACGUCCUUCAAGAUGCCGGCGCCUCAGAUACACUCCAAGUAUUCCCCGGCUUUCAAGAGAAAGUCUCUCACGGUUUACGGUACUUCAGUGACGACAAGCUCCGCGAUAAACGGCGGCAGCCCGAUCAAAAGCUCUCCAUCGACCGCGAUGUCCACAUUUUCGGAGCCACCGAAAAGCCUGGAGAGUAUUUGCAGCCCGACGCGAAGCGAUUACAGCUUUGAGUUCGCCUCGACGACCAGUUCACCAGACGGCUCGCGUACCAGGCCGAGGACAAUGCAGAGGAAGGCUCGCUUGGAUUACGAUGAUUCCGACAAUGAUUCGGCCGUGAGCAGCUCUCAGAGCAGCAUAUCUCGCGGCUUCAGUCCGCCGAUGUCUCCGGCACCGUCGGAGAGAUCUACCGUCUCGUCGGAGAGAUCUUACGUCUCCACGGAAUUAAACUGCCAACGUCGACCUUUGAUCGCAGACAAUUUGAGCCGAAUCUCAGUCGCACGGGACAUCAGAGAGCCAAUCGUUGCAUCUGAUAAAGAUCAAUUCACCUCCAGAAUAGGCGUUCUCGGUGAACGAACGUACCUAGCCGAAAGAUCGUCCUCCAGCAGCAGUGGCUCGAAUCCGCGCUCGCCACAGCCGAACGAGCUUGCUUCAAGGAGCUCGCAAAUCCCUCAGAGACAAUUGAGGCGGUCGAACAGCACCGAUACAAAUUGCAGCACGUCCUCGACACUCACGUCCGGGUCUCAAGCCAGCGCCGAGUCGCUAUCCCGAAGAGUACUGAAGCCGCAAAGUGUGGAGGCGAUAAAUCGAAAGAACAUUUUGGCGAGCGCCAGAUGCCGAAGCGGCAGAGAUCUGAACGGAUCGCCGCUAAUCCAGCGAAAGUUCUCAGACGACGAGGAUGCUGUAAAAGAAGCCGUCCAGAACGGCGGUGCUAUUCAUCAGAUGAGCAAUAACUCGAACGAUUCCGCGGGCAAACAAGAGAUCAAGAUUGCGUACAUAGAAGUCGCGGAUCCCUUCGCGCAAGAUGAAAGAUCGUUUCAGAAGGAGGAGAAGCCUAAACUGCCGCCUAAAAUGAGUUUCCCGCCGCCGGCUGUUAGACCGCCUAAAUCCGAAAUGUUGGAGCCAUCAAACGACCUCAAAAUGUGGGUUCGAGCGGAGGUGAAAACUUUGGCGCGAUCGAUGGAGGAAAAAUCGAAAUAUGACAAGAGUCCAUCCGUUGUAGCUCAAAAUUUGGAAACAAGAAACAGUCGUGGCUCAGUAUUUAACGAAUCUGUUAUUACCACGGCCAACGAUGAAUUGUCUUCAAAAAAUAGGACCACGGCAAGCGAUACGAAGGAAAUCGCCGCGAUGGAAAUGUCGAAAUCGCAAAGUAAAGCGAGUUUAAGUCCCAGAAAAAGUAUGGAAGACCAAAACGAUCUCUUGACGAUCUUAACGACGAAAAGCCGCUCCAGAUCAGCUAUACACGUUGACGAAGGAACUUUCGGCAGAUCGAAGAGCCAGAUGAGCCUUGAGGAUAUACUUGGCGCUAAGCCGGAUUUAAAAUUGCCCCGUGCACAAAAUACGGAAUCAAAAAUUGCAAAGAAUGGCAUAACAAGCUCGCCGGUAAAAUCUGCUUGGGAAAUCGCGAAGGAAAAUCGAUACGCGGGGAGAAGAGGCUCCACUACGUCGAACGAGUCUUGGUCGGAGGACAGACCCUUCGUCUCGAAAAUACCUACUUUAGGGAGAAUCAAAACUGUCGACAGCGGCGACGAAAUGUCGACGGAAAGCGUCGAAAGAAUGAAAAGUGCGACUGCGUCGAAGAUUCCGACAUCCCGUGGCCUGAAUCGACGUAGCGCCAGCGUCACGGACAUGAAAAAAGCCCUGGAGAAGAAUGACACGAGUCCUGUGCACAGUCAGCUACAGCAGAGCGCCGUCAACAAUCACAAUCGAUUUCCAAGUUUAGACAGCAGCGUGGACGAGAACAUCGGGACGGAGAUGGACACCGAUAGAUGUUACGGCGAGCAAUUCGGCAGUAUCAGUUCACUGGCAAGCAGCACCAGUCUCAUCUCGCAACAGGAACUGGCGCAGCUCGUCGAGGAAGCGAGCUUGGAGGAGGCACGUGGUGCGCACGAUGUCAUAGUCGUGUUGCUCCACAAGGAGAACCCGACCGGCAGCGUUGGCAUCACUUUGGCCGGCGGCGCGGACUGCGAAGUGAAGGAGAUCACAGUUCACAGAGUGCUGACGCACUCCAUCGCGGACAAGGAUGGCCGGGUGCAGAGGGGUGAUAGGAUCCUCAGCAUAAACGGUCGAAGCACGCGAGGUCUUACGCACAGGGAGAGCAUGGCGGUACUGAAGCAACCGAGAUCGGAGGUCGUGUUGGUCGUGUCGAGGGUCAGGCUAGAGGAGGGCUGUAAGCUGAGGUCGCGAACCGCGAGUGUCGAAACUAUCGUCGAAGGAUUAGAGACGAACGGAAACGUGGAGGAUAUAGCAUGGGGUCCACCGUCGACCGUGGCAGUUUACAAGGACGGAGCUGGCCUAGGAUUUAGCCUGGAAGGCGGCAGAGAUAGUCCCCUCGGGGACAGACCUCUAAUUAUCAAGAAGAUAUUCACCGGAGGUGCUGCCGAGAAAACGGGUACCUUAAAAGCCGGGGACCAACUGCUCGAAGUAAACGGUAAUGACGUGACGCGUAUGUCGAGAAUAGAAGCGUGGUCUUUGAUGAAGAAGCUACACGACGGUGAAGUGAAUCUCCUAGUCAGGCAUCCUGCCACUAAAUCCUCGUGAGGAAUACGAAAUCCCGAUCGUAUGAUGCAAACGGAACGUAGUAAUGUGCCAAGCAAGCGUCUGGAUAAUUUUUCGAUCGAUAUUUGUUACGUAGGUAUAAUGAUUAUUAAGGUAUAUAUGUUAUUAAUUUGUUUUGUUUAGAGAUUUUAGAUAACGAAUCAAUAUUAUAUGCGAGAGGCUUUUUCUAUUGUGCAAAAAUUUAAAUAAUAUGUCGCUUUAAUCAAAAUCAAAAACUCAAUCUCGCCGAUUCAUAAAAAGUGAUGAUGAUCUAUGCUAUUUCCUUAUACUAUUAGAAGCGUCUAAACGAAUCAAGUUAUCAAUACAAUUACUUCUCUAGUAAUUGCAUUGAUAGUCAUCUAUUAGAAAUUCAAUAAUCAAUUUAUUAACAAAAUAUUAAAAGAAAAUGGUAAAUCUAUGUGAUUUGCUCAUUUAUUUUGUCUUCGGAUCACAGGCGCCUUGUAGAUCAAAUAUGCGUCUUGUACGUGAAAAUAGCACUAAAGUAUAAGCUUUCCGAAUGUAUGCAAAUUAGAACGAUGCAAUCUCGAUAUUUUCAAUGCAAUAAAAAUUAGUAAAAAUUAGUCUGAAAAGAAAUUUAACGGCUGCAAGUUCUGAAUCGACAAUGCAAAAUGCAAUAUUGUAUUCAACAUGCAAUAAUACUACACGGAGAGAAUUUUUUUUUAAAUUUACCCU